CCAACAAGACUCUGUAUGCUCAAUCAAAAGUAAAUAUUAGCCAGUGGACUUAGGUCGGCUUGGAGACAAAAUCUGCUCUGGAGCUUUGUGGGAAGAGAAGAGAGAUUUAUCUGUAUUUCCAAGAUGAGGGCUCACAUUUUUCUCCCUUUGUAUUGGGGAGCAGGGAGCCUUUUCUUCUUAACAUUCUUGGACACUGCUACAAGUAAGAAACUCCUGGUUUUCCCUCAAGAUGGAAGUCACUGGCUCAGUAUGCGGGAUGUGAUUGAAGAGCUCAGUAAGAAGGGACAUGAAACUGUGGUCCUAGUGCCUGAAGUCAAUUUGCUCCUUAAAGAAUCAAAAUUCUACAAAAGAAAACUGUACCCAGUCCCCUACUCCCGGGCCGAACUGGAGAAGCGUUUCCAGACCUUUGGCCACAAUCACUUUGCAGAAAAAUCUUUCCUGAAUGUAGCCUGGGCUGAGUACUGGAAUGUCCGGCUUGUCAUUGAUAUGUACUUCCUCAACUGUGACAGCCUUCUGAAGAAUCGAGAGACCAUCAGAUACCUGGAAGAAAGCAAGUUUGAUGCUCUCUUCACAGACCCAGCCUUGCCAUGUGGGUUGAUCCUGGCCGAGCACCUGGCCAUACCUUCUGUAUACUUUUUCCGAGGGUUUCCCUGUGCUCUGGAGCAUGCGAUGAGCAGGACGCCCAACCCUGUGUCCUUCAUCCCCAGGUGCUACACUGCCUUUUCUCACCACAUGACCUUCUACCAGAGAGUGAUAAACUUCCUGGUCAGUGAUUUGGAGACCCUUCUCUUCAAGGACUUGUACACAAAAUACUUGGAGAUUGCUUCUGACUUCCUCAAGAGGGAAGUGGACCUGCCAUCCCUCUAUGGACAAGGAUCCAUUUGGCUGUUGAGAUAUGAUUUUGUGUUUGAGUAUCCCAGGCCCCUCAUGCCCAACAUGGCCUUCAUUGGAGGAAUAAACUGCAAGCAAAGGAAAAGACUACUACAGGUUUGUGAGUUUUGCUUUCUUGGGCUCUUCUGUCUUUUAACCCUGCCUAGGACCUGGCCUGUGGUGGAUGCUGGCUAGCACUGACAUGCAUUGAAAUGAAACAGUGGAUGGCACCUUUCCCCAUCACUGAAUCAGCCAAUCACACUGUUUCUGUUCUGGACACAGAAGACCCUGGUGCCCUGAAUCUGGGCAUGUCUGCUGACCCAGAGGACUGACUGACUGACUGUAUGCCAACAGAGAAGGGGGUGGCAUUUCUAAAAAAGGGAACAACCAGGACAUUCACUGGGGCCAGUGGGGGAGCAGGAAGGAGGAAGGAAGGAAUAGAAUGGCAAGAGAGCAGGCUGGAAGGCAGAGCGCCCAAGUUCACAUUCCAUCUCUGCUAUGUACUAGCUGAGUGACCUGAGGAAGUCACAUUUCCUUCCUGGUUCUCAUUUUCCUUCUGUGCCCAAUGAGGCACUUUGACUUGGUGGUCUCUAAGGUCCCUCCUACCCCUCUUUCCAUCUAUUCUCUUUGGAUCUAUGGCCUAGUUUCUAAU